GGUGAAUGGGAAGCUGCUGUUUCCUUUAACUUUUGUGCGAAGUUUCUAGACUUUGUGAAGAGCAAGAUAAAGGCAGACCCCUCAGCUGUGUAUAAGUUUGAACGAGAAAAAAAAGGUAACAUUUACUGCACCAAAGUGAAAGAUUCUUCACAAAUUAAAAUCCUACCAGACUGGUAUACCAAUCAUCUGUUCUCAGAAGAUACUGAUGAUGAAGAUACAGAUGAUGAAUAUCUAUGUGAAAAUACUAAUUAGGAUAGUGACAGUUUAUGAACUGUUCAUGGAAUCCAGAUUUUUUUAACCCUGAUAAGAAUUAAUGAUGCUAAAUGUUGUUGACUCCAUGUAGAGGGACAUGAACCCCUUGGUAAAUUUUUUGCUGAUUGUUGAACCCUAAUUGUACCUUUAAAUGAAACUUUGCCUAGCCAAAAUUUCCAAAACAACUGACUUGUAUUGUAGAUAAGCAGAGUUGUAAAAAGUACUGGACUUUGUUACUUAAGUAAAAGUUACUCAAGUAGAAGUAAAAGUAUCCAAAGUUCAAUGUACUCAAGUAGAAGUAAAAAAGUAUCUCAUUCAUAAGGUACUCAGGUACUGUAAGUCAAAAGUAACAACAAAAUUAUUAAUCGACUCAUUAAAAUAUAUCUACAGUAAAUUAUAAGAAACUAAUUAACUAAAGACAAAAAUAGAAUACACAUAGCAUUAUACAUGUUUAUUUAAAUUUUUCUAUUGAGGUUAAUCCUUAACUGAUUCUAGAAACUGCCUGUCCAAUCAGGAUCUUUAAGGCCUAAAUAAAAUCCCAGCAUGACCUACGAAACAGAAUACGUUCAACCGCUCUUCUCCCUACAAACCAUCACAGGGAUAGUGAAUGGGCUGAAAAUAUAUCCAUCCAACACUAUGAUCACUUUCUUCCUUAUCCACACAAGUAUCAUCGACGUGGACUUAUGCUCCACAGCCAUAAUGUUGUUUCUGCUCACAUUAGGUUAGGAUACAGACCUAUCUGGCAAGUAUCUGAGGGGGAGAUGACCUGCACUUCUCUUCCUGUAAACUCUGUAAGUUUCCCAACGCCAACACCCUUCAACACUACUGUAUUGCCUUGAUUGUCCCAGUGUCAGAGACCUCUUACCACAGGACGAGUCACCAACCACUAUGUCACCACCUAAUUAUUCGUAAUAAUUUAGAUUUAAUUCUUUUACGCUACCCACGCUUUGGUGGGUACUAACUCCUAUUGUCCCUAAAUCAUAUCUUUAUUGUCUCCAUAUCACAAGUCGUAGCGUGUCCUGCGAGACAAGAGUACCGUUGUAUUAGUGUCUCACCUCAUGGUCUUAUGACUAGGCUUGUCGCCCCUGGGGUGUAAUAAAUUAAUUAAAUAAUAAAUGAAAAGCUCAGCAUUAGUAAACAGAUGCUCACAAGCAGCAUAUGAGAUGCAGGUAGUGGGGUAUUAAGCUUCACAGAUAAGUCAUAUAAUCUCAGGAAAGACCUCAUUAGCUCCAUUCCAUCCCCUGGGUAUGCCAGGUACCGUAGUUUUUGGCUUAAAAGACGCACUUUUUAUGACAAAAAUAUACCUUGAAAAUUACCAUGCGUCUUCCACGACGCGAGUUGAUAGUUGUAGCAGAGGUUUUCUUAGGGUCA